GCGACGGCUGUUCGAAUCCCCUCCAAGGAAUCACUUUCUGUUGCUGCAGCAGAGAUCUCUGGCAGUAGCGAGGAGCAACGAUCUGCUUGUGAGAACAUAUGGUUCUGCAGUGGCGGAUUGUGUUUGACGAAGAAAUUUGUAUUUGGAGAGAUGAAAUCGUACUUUUUGAAGGAAGUGUUGCAG